AUGUGCUCGCUGGCAGCCUCACAACCCCUCACCCAUGAUACAACACCGAUAGCUGAUGAGCUCAAGGUGAAGCUCAACGGUUAUCCCAGUAAUACACAAACUCUCAAGGCUCCCCUACCGAACCCAUCCUUGCAGGUCACGGCAGAUCAUAACUUGAAAAGAGUCGAUGCGCCCGUGUAUGUGCCUAAGUCUGGCGAGGUUCUUCUUCACAUCAAGGUCACUGGUAUUUGUGGUUCUGAUGUUCAUUUCUGGAAAACAGGAUGUAUAGGUUCCCUUGUAUUUGAGGGUGACUGUAUCAUUGGACAUGAGGCCGCUGGUGUUGUGAUUCGUGUCGGUGAGGAUGUUGCAGAUCUCAAACCUGGCGACCGAGUGGCUGUUGAGCCUGGCGUUCCUUGCGGCCUUUGCUUUCUGUGUAAAGACGGCCGAUAUAAUCUCUGUGAAGAUGUACAGUUCUCCGGGGUCUUCCCUUAUGCAGGAACUCUGCAGAGAUACAAGGUUCAUCCCGCCAAAUGGCUUCAUAAACUUCCAGAUAGCGUCUCUUUCGCCGAGGGCGCCCUUCUCGAGCCCCUGAGCGUCGUCCUCCAUGGCAUAAACUCAGCCCCGAUCACACUCGGGACGCCUGUUGUGAUCUGUGGUGCCGGUCCUAUCGGUCUUCUUGCUCUCGCCGCCGCGCGAGCUUCUGGUGCCCAUCCCCUAGUCAUCACGGAUGUUGAACCCAAACGACUGGCUUUUGCCAAGGAGUUUGUCCCAACAGCUAUUACGUAUCAAGUUGACAUUAGCAAGAGCAGCGAGCAGAAUGGCAGGGCUGUGAGGAAACUAUUCGGUGAGACAGAGUAUGUUCAGCCUAGGGUUGUGUUUGAGUGUACCGGUAUCGAGAGCAGUGUAUGCUCCGCUGCGUACAUGGCACGUCGUGGAGGUGUUCUCAUGGUUGUCGGUGUCGGCAGGUCAAUCAUGAACAACCUGCCUUUUAUGCAUUUGUCUCUUGCUGAGAUUCAACUUCGAUUCAUCAACAGAUACAAGGACACCUGGCCAGCGGGUAUUGCGUGUAUUGAGGGGGGCUUGAUAGAUGCGAAGAAGUUGGUAUCGCAUGUUUUCCCUCUGGAACAGGCUCUGGAGGGUUUGACUUUAUCGGCAGACCCUAAGAAUGGGUGCAUCAAGGUGCAUAUUGUGGAUGAGGCUAAGACAUCGUAUUUCUAA